GGGUGGGGGGUGUGGUCUGUGGACCUCUGGGCAAACAAUUGAUGAGACUGGAAGGAAAGGUAUUUGUGAAUCCUUUGAAGUAUUCUGCAAAAGUUUAUGUGCAUUUCUCCAGGGAAAGUGUGCCUUGCUUGCCUUGCUAGUAUCUUAGAGGGGUCCGUGACCUAAAGAAGGUUAAAGAAAGCACUAAAUUUGUAUUUUUAAUUGAUCAUUUCCACCCCAACAGGAAAAUUUCUCCUAGAUCUGCUCUUGUUUGCUACUGUACUUGAAGCCCUUCAGUCCAUCACAGUCUAAAUGGAGGUGGGUGGGAGAGAAUGACACAGAGAAAGAUCAGGUAUGGUUGCAGAAGUACAGGAAGAAGGACUGGUGCCAGACAGAGCUGGCAUUACAAUCCCAUCUACCAACUUAUCAGCUGCGGCCUUGACCUAGGUACUUAACUGCUCUCUGCCUCAGUUUCUUCUUCUGUAAAAUGAAGAAAAGUUGAGGUUCAAAGGUCAAUUGUGUAAAGUAUGUGUGGAGCACACAAGAUGACACUGUUAUUAUGGAGAAGUCUUAUCCUGCAGCCUCAGACAGUCCCUAACUGAUUUCUCUGUAUUCUUGGUCUGAGCCCAAUUUUCAAGGCUGGUAGGAUAGGUUGGGCAUCAGACCUCUCCGAUGAUUUAAUUGAACACGGUUGAGUUGGAAUUUCCAAAACCCUCAGGGCCAAACUCACCUUUUCACUGUCAAUUCCCCUUUCCUUCUGUCUCUUAGUACUCCCCCCAGGGCUCAAUGAUUCUUGACAAAAGCUCUAGUUCACUUUAGGAGAGCAGAAAGGGAGAGGAAAUGAUCUUCCAAAAUUAAAGAUGAAGACCUUCACUUAGUAAGGUUGUAGUUCAACCUUUUGGCCUCUAGAGGGCAGUGUGGACACGUUCGCCUCAGGUUCACAGCCAGCCAAUAACAAAGUAAGUUUUCGGUACUGCACCAAAGGAUGAAAGGAUAAUGGCAAACGUAUUCUUAGUGCUCUCCACUGUGUGAUUAUGAGCGAUUAUAAUCUUUAUACUUGGGGGUAUUAAAAUAUUGUUCUAGUUAUGACAAUGAUUUUUUAAUUGGCUUAACUAAAAAAAAGUCGGUAUUUGUAUUGUUCCAUACUUUGGGAAGAAAAUAGACAUGUCCAAGGGAACUAGUCUUUGAACCACUAUUUAAGCCUCGUUUCUGUAUUUAUUCUUGGAUAUAAGAGAAUUGAGCGCUUGACCUUGUUUUCACUAAAAGGCAAACUGGGCUGUUUUAGUUGCAACACAGAUGUUUGUCAAAAACAGGGUAGAGGUGGAGCUCACAGCCGGGAGAAUGCCGGCUGGAUUCCCAGGCCUUCUCAGUGAACGCACCUUGUGUCACAGCCGUAGGGGCAGGGCGGGAGCGUCUCAAAACCUCCCACCUCUCAGCCCAAGCUUUGGAGUCCUCGUCACCUUCCACUGCCCAGUUCUGGACAACAGUGAGAGUCCCAUUCCUUGUCGAGCGGGGACUGGAAACAAAAAACAGCCAGUCUUAGCUCCGAGCCCUCGUGGCACCCCUCCUGCCUCCGCCUCCAGAAGGCGGGCACAGCAGCUUGCAGGCGCGCGGCCAGCCAAUGGCUGGGGGACGAACAGAAAGGCGAGAGUGCUCCUUCACUCGGCCCCAACGUCACGAUGCUGGCCCCGCCCCUUCGCCAGCAGUCUCUGGGAGCGGGCGGGUGAGCCAGCCGCCCUGCAGACGCCUGACGCCGAACCCGAACCCGGUCUGUCACAAUGCUGCUGCACAGGGCUGUGAUCCCCCAUCUCCGACAGGCCUGCAGGCUACUCAGGAGUCACCACACGUAUACACAAGAGAGGAAGUGAGAUCUCACAGCAGCCCUGAGACUAGGAUCUGGGUGACUCUGGGCUGUGAGGUGUUUGAUGUUACAGAAUUUGUGGACCUACACCCUGGGGGGCCAUCAAAGCUGAUGCUAGCAGCAGGGGGUCCUCUAGAGCCCUUCUGGGCCCUCUAUGCUGUUCAUAACCAGCCCCAUGUGCGUGAGAUGCUGGCUCAGUACAAGAUUGGGGAGCUGAGCCCUGAAGACAAGGUACCUUCCACCUUGAAGACCUCUGACCCCUACAUUGAUGAUCCCGUACGUCACCCAGCCCUGAAGGUCAACAGCCAGCGCCCCUUUAAUGCAGAGCCCCCCCCUGAAUUGCUGACGGAAAACUAUAUCACACCUAACCCUAUCUUCUUCACCCGGAACCAUCUGCCUGUACCUAACCUGGACCCAGAAACCUAUCGUCUGCAUGUAGUAGGGCCACCUGGGGGUCAGUCACUGUGCCUAUCCCUGGAUGACUUGUACAAGUUCCCCAAACACGAGAUCACUGUAACUCUGCAGUGUGCUGGCAACCGGCGCUCUGAAAUGACUCAGUUCAAAGAAGUGAGAGGUCUGGAGUGGAAUAUCGGGGCUAUUAGCACUGCACGCUGGGCUGGGGCACGCCUUUGUGAUGUGUUAGCCAAGGCUGGUCACCAACUCUGUGAAACUGAGGCCCAUGUCUGCUUUGAGGGACUGGAUUCAGACCCCACAGGGACUGCCUAUGGAGCAUCCAUCCCUCUGGCUCGGGCCAUGGAUCCUGAAGCUGAGGUCCUGCUGGCAUACGAGAUGAAUGGGCAGCCUCUGCCUCGUGACCAUGGCUUCCCUGUGCGAGUGGUCGUUCCUGGUGUGGUGGGUGCCCGCCAUGUCAAAUGGCUGGGCAAAGUGAGUGUGGAACCAGAGGAAAGUUACAGUCACUGGCAGCGGCGGGAUUAUAAAGGCUUCUCUCCAUCUGUGGACUGGGACACAGUAGAUUUUGACUCAGCUCCAUCUAUUCAGGAACUUCCUGUCCAGUCAGCCAUCACAGAACCCAAGGAUGGGGAGACAGUACAAUCAGGGGAGGUGACUAUCAAGGGCUAUGCAUGGAGUGGUGGUGGGAGGGCUGUGGUCAGGGUGGAUGUGUCUCUGGAUGGGGGCCUAACCUGGCACGUGGCAGAGCUGGAUGGAGAGGAACAGCGUCCCCGAAAGGCCUGGGCCUGGCGACUAUGGCAGCUGCAAGCCCCUGUGCCGGCUGGGAGAAAGGAAUUGAACAUUGUUUGUAAAGCUGUAGACGACAGCUACAAUGUGCAACCAGACACCGUGGCCCCAAUCUGGAACCUGCGAGGUGUGCUCAGCAAUGCCUGGCACCGUGUCCAUGUCCAUGUCACCCCAUAAGAAGGUGAAAUGGAAUUACCUACUCCCCAGAAUCAUCAUCUCAACCCCUUUCCACACACAUCCUUUUGCCUUGUUACCACAGGAAAACCUUUCCUUCCACCUCCACUUCUUGGAUCACAACCCUAUACUAUGCCUUCCUAAACCACACACAAAUACACACAUUGCACAUUUCCACCCAGACACCAGCUCUCCUUUGACACUAUGUUACAUAUCCCUAUUAUGCCAGAAGUUGAGAGCUGUUGAAGAUGGAGGCUAGAAGUGGGAAAUUUCUGUAAACAAGCACUCUUCUCCUCCUACCCCACCUCCACUUCUAGUGUCUAUCAUCACUUUAUUUUGCUUUUCCUCUUGGGAGUCUUCAGAAAAUGUGUGUGGAUAUGUGUACAAAAAGUGUAUAUGCAACUUUCUACUGACUUUCUGGUUGCCAGGGGUCGUGAGAGGUGCAAUCCUGCCCCUUUAUAGUUCCACUUUUCUAAACGCAUCAAUAAAGUAUCUGUUUAAGACACAA